GAAACGAAUUCGGACCGAAAGAUAGGUCUAAAUUUAUAGUGUCUAUUCCUGCGCUUUCUAAUGUCAACCACUUGAGAUAUUCGGAAUAAGAUCACUCGUCAAGAUACGAAAAUGAGCUUUUUGUUGACCGAACCGCAGUGGUCCGCCUGGUACUCCGCCUUUUACGCGUCUUCGAUGAAUCGUCUGGCCCAGAAUGUGUGCACCGCUCAAGAUCCCAUCACUGUAUGCCUGCGAUCCGAGGCGGACUUAUGCUCCGUUCCGUCAGGUGUGAAAACCUGGAUAGAGUUGAGCAGGCAGGGCAAGGCCACUACCGGUGGUCCGGGAUGGAUAUGCACGGGCCUGGACCUGCUGUGCCAGGAGAUGGACAGAAAGUUGCCGCUUCCACUGGACUUUGAACUCUCCGCCGCACAUUUGUUUUUCUGGCACAAGUUGGAGCGAUGCAACUACUUCCUGUGGACGGUCGCCGAUCUUCUAAUGCGUUGCGAACCGCUGGAUGGGCGCUGCUUUCGGAAUUUAAUUAAGAACCCAGUGCCAGAUGGAGGCAACUGGCAAAUGUUCGUUAAUCUGGUCAAAAAAUACGGAGUUAUGCCCAAGAAAUGCUACCUCCACUCCACUCAGCGAACUACAAAAAUGAACCUCAUACUGAAGAGUAAGCUACGUGAAUAUGCCAGCAUGCUGCAUGCUCAGUUCACCUUUAAUGGGAAUGGCUGCCGUCUCCCCGAUCUCAUUCAAGAAAUGAUUCCGCAUCUCUUCAAAGUAAUAUGCAUCUGCCUUGGUGAACCUCCCAAGGUUUUCACCUGGUCCUUCUACGACCACAAAAAGCGUUACCAGUGCCUGAAUGAUAUGACAGCGGUCCAUUUCUACGAAGUUAUGGUAGGCUGUACGGUGAAUCUAGACGCCUUUGUCUGUCUGGGUCACGAUCCGCGAAUCUCAUCCAGCUACCAUAGCAACUAUCAGGUUGCCAACAGCUCGAAUAUGAUGGGCGGAAAACCUCAUAGGUAUAAUAACCAAUCAAUGGACAUCAUAAUGCAGAUCAUGGUGACUUCUCUGGAAGGUGAUAAACCCGUUUGGAUGGCCUGCGAUAUUCGUAGAGCAAUCAGUUUGAAGUCCGGUCCAUUAAGCCUGAGAUCGCAUCAAUUUGAUUUGCUAUUUGGCUUUAAAGUGGGCGAGUCGCUCACCAAAGCAGAGAGACUUGACUACAGAGCAUCCCGACGGGAUGCAGCCCUGCUCCUUACAUCCGUUGGAUUGGACACCUUGAAACAGCCCGUACAGUUUCGCUUCAUAAAUGCUUCUACAAUUGGCGAGUCUCCCGCCACCGGAGGUCUUAAUGAACACGAUGUGGACGAAAAGGUUACGAAGGCAUUAAGAAAGAAGUCGGUCAAACCACCGGAUAACAAAUUGGACGCCGAAUGGUUAAGGGAGUACGCUUUUGAGAUUGUAGUCCACGAAAAAUUUGUCCCAUCGGGUGUUUUACAUGCCGCAAGGAUACAUAAAUGGAAAGAACUGCCUGCUUGGGAUCCCAUGGGCGCAUUACUUAAUUAAAAAAUUGUUUAGAACCAAAAAAAAAAUCUUUCAUAAGAAAUACAUUUACUACAUUUUAUUUGCCUUCUUGAAUAGAUAAAAACU